AUGCUUGGAUUGCAUCUCCUGCCUUUUUUGCAAUCAUUUUUAAUUGACAAAUCAUCUGCGGAAAUAGUUGGCGCAGCGAAACUCGACUGUGUGGGCUUGCCGGAGAGGUCCUUGCGUUCAACUAUGCCAUACAAGAAUGAGACAGAAGCUAUAUGCCAGUCAGAUCUCUUGAAAAGAACCUUGCUGUGCAUUCCACUCCUAGGGUGCUUUGGAGCUGCUCGUGCGAUAAUGACCACGUUGAUCAAUAGGGUCAGACCAAUCAUGGUUCCUUUCUUUGUUGGUGGCUCUUGGACUUCAGGUACUGGAGAGACAGUUGACUUGCGCGGACCUAUCUACCACGUUCCAUUUAUGGACAAGCUUUUCAAGUCACUAAUCUUUUGCUUUCUUCCUUCUAUUACGGGAACAGAUCAAUUAUCGUGCUUCCAGAUGCGGUCCUUUAUAACAGACCUGGGCCCGGUCUUUGGUGUAUGGAUGCUGGAGAGCUACCGCAAUUGUCCUCUCCUUGCAGGCAUUGCUUUUCAGCUAAAAGGCAUUGGUAUUUGGGCUCCCAUCUAUUAUACUUUGGAGUACCUCCAUGCCCCACAUGGGAGUCUCUUAUCCGGGUGUCAUGAGAUCGCAGCUCAACAUACUGUUUCUCUUCUGCUUGCACUCCUCGGUGGACUCUAUCUACCGAAAUAUCUGGACUUCACAUCUGCGAUGGUUGAAUCCCGCCGGUUUUGGAAUGCGGUUUGGCAGCCAUUCCCUGUUAUAGUGCCAACGAUCGCCAGGGUCAUUCGUCUGCUGAGAAACCCGGUUUCCAAGGCUGAAAACUCAGCGGAUUUGGCCCAAUCGAUGACGAAGCCUAGCAAGCGGAAUAUUUUCUGGGUCCGUGCUGCGUAUAUUGGCUUUGCUGCUAUUUCCGGCUUCACCUGGAUCCACUCCAUCUGUUCUGCGCCAGCAAAUAGCUCAGUGCUGCCCAUUUUCUGGCCAGGUUUGGAUGGGCAUUUGCGUCCCGUUGCUUCUUUCAUGGAUGGUAUCGCAAGAUAUCUACAAUAUGAUCAAAUCUUUGCAAUGGGCAGUGGCUUUGUUUGGCUUGGAUUGAGACUUCAUGAGCUCAGGCAGUCUGAGGCUACUUUUCUUGGCUGA